UAGUAACCCAAACUCAUUUUCUUGUUUCUAUUACUCUCUCCCCUUGAAAUACCUGGUGAUUUUUUUUAAUUUUCUAUCAUUUUCCCCUCUUCGAUUCCUCUCUGAAAAUUCAUUAGAAGAAUUCCUUUUUUUAAUCUGUAGAUUCCUUGCUGCUUUGCCAUGGGUGUUGCAGUUCUUAAGCCAGAAGAUUGUUUAAAACUCCCUAAUCCCAUGAAACACACUAGAAAACCUCGCCGUAAUCCUAACCUUAACCGGACGAACGGUGGGAAGGGUUCGACAAACACAUCUCCUCCUGCUCGUGCGACUGUAGCUCCCCUGAAGGCCCCGACUAAUCUCUUGAUGGGUCAAGUCAAGAUCAUCAAACGCGGCGAAGAUUUUAAAAAAUAUAUGCCGGAUAAGCCUAUGGGGUUCGAAAACGAAAGCGUUGAUGUAGAUCUGCGCUACACUAACUGUUUGGGUCCAGAUCCAGUGCCGGUUCCGGCUAAGAUCCGACCAAACGAGUCUGAAAAUGGCAGCGGUAAGGAUGUUCCGGUAUCGUUUUAUGCCGGAUCGGCCUUCGUAACAUCGCCGCCUCCGAGUUCGGUCCCGUUGCCGGCGUUUUUCACUAAGAAGAUUGGUGCUGCUUUGAGAGAUGAUGUUGCUACGAGUGCCUUGAGGAGGAUGCUAAGGCUGGACUUGUAGGGAUACCUGAUCUCUUUGUUUUGAGUUCUCUAAUCUUCGAUCCUCCCUUAUUUUUUCAAGGGGAGUGAUCGAAAAGUGGCUAGCUCAAACAAGUAGGUUUAGUUGAUAUCUAAUCAAAGUUUCUAUGCUGUAUAGCUUAGCAGUUGUUUGUUUCGAUAUCCAUAUACACCCCCUGUUGUUUAGCGUUGGAUUAAGUAUAAUUCUGGGUUUGUAUCUAAACUAGGGUUAGCGUGGCAAGGAUGAUAUAUUAGCUUUGGAUUUUAUCAAUAAACUCUUCUUAGCGGUUUGUUAGUGUUAAAUCUUGGAGUUGAUUUGUGUA